AUGGACCCCGUGCACCUCAGCAUGUCCCGCGCUCCACUGGUGAAGCACUCGGACAGGCCCCGCGUCAUGUCCAAGAGCGGGCACAGCAACGUGAGGAUCGACAAGGUGGAUGGCAUCUACCUGCUCUACCUUCAGGACCUGUGGACCACCGUGAUCGACAUGAAGUGGCGAUACAAGCUCACCCUGUUCGCGGCCACCUUUGUCAUGACCUGGUUCCUCUUCGGCGUGAUCUACUACGCCAUCGCGUUCAUUCACGGCGACCUCGAGCCCGGCGUGCCCAUCUCUAACCACACCCCCUGCAUCAUGAAGGUGGACUCGCUCACGGGGGCGUUCCUCUUCUCCCUGGAAUCCCAGACCACCAUUGGCUACGGCGUCCGCUCCAUCACGGAGGAGUGCCCUCACGCCAUCUUCCUGCUGGUCGCCCAGCUGGUCAUCACCACCCUGAUCGAGAUCUUCAUCACGGGCACCUUCCUGGCCAAAAUCGCCAGGCCCAAGAAGCGGGCGGAGACCAUCAAGUUCAGCCACUGCGCGGUCAUCACCAAGCAGAACGGGAAGAUGUGCCUGGUGAUCCAGGUGGCCAACAUGCGCAAGAGCCUCCUGAUCCAGUGCCAGCUCUCCGGCAAGCUCCUGCAGACCCACGUCACCAAGGAGGGCGAGCGCAUUCUCCUCAACCAGGCCUCCGUCAAGUUCCACGUGGACUCCUCCUCCGAGAGCCCCUUCCUCAUCUUGCCCUUGACCUUCUACCACGUGCUGGAUGAGACCAGCCCCCUGAGAGACCUCACCCCCCAAAACCUGAAGGAGAAGGACUUUGAGCUCGUGGUGCUCCUCAACGCCACCGUGGAGUCCACCAGCGCCGUGUGCCAGAGCCGCACAUCGUAUAUCCCCGAGGAGAUCUACUGGGGCUUUGAGUUCGUGCCCGUGGUCUCUCUCUCCAAGAACGGCAAGUACGUGGCUGACUUCAGCCAGUUCGAGCAGAUCCGGAAGAGCCCCGACAGCACGUUCUACUGCGCGGAUUCUGAGAAGCAGAAGCUGGAGGAGAAGUACAGGCAGGAGGACCAGCGGGAGAGAGAACUGCGGACUCUCCUCUUACAGCAGAGCAACGUCUGA